GAGAGAGAGCUUUGCGCGCGCUCCGCACGCCAGUAAGAGUCUCAGCACGCACCGCGCGCUUUCUAUCUGGAAACUUUCAAAAAAGGAUUCGCAAUAAACCCAUCACCUUCAUGUCGGCACUGCUGAAUAUUUCCUCACCGAUGCUAUGGUUACCUUUAUUACGAUCUUACAGGUGAAUCUAGUGAUGUCCAUCUUGCUGUACGUGAUGUUCCUCGCGUACCUCUAUGGUAUCUCAGCUUCUACGAUGGACAAGCAGCGGCCAACGCAGGAUCCCAUCAACAUGCUUAUCAUAAAGCUUCUACAGGCCGACAUCAGCCGCAGCCGACAGAAACAGGAUGAGGGAACCCUGGACGCACUUCCAUCCAUCACUUUAAACACACCUGCAGUGACCGACUACAAGGGGAAACUUAGCUCACCUGCCUACCAGCCUGUGACAGACAUCUCCUCGGAACUGCUACGUCAACACAAACGUUACAACUCACCACGUGUUCUACUAAGCGACCGACCACCUCUGCAACCCCCGCCGCACUACCUCAUGGACGACUUUGUAAGCAGCCAGGAUGCUAGCGGCAGCAACAAAACACGGCAAAAACGCUACGCUGAGCACAAGAGCUACAGAGCAGAGUACUCGGUGUGUGACAGUAUAAGCGAAUGGGUGGUGGACCGAACCACGGCUGUGGAUAUUCGCGGACAGCAGGUCACCGUUUUGGGGAACAUCAAUGCGGGACGCACUGACCUCAAACAGUACUUUUUCGAGACAAAGUGUCGGACGGCCAAGCCCUUCAAGGGAGGCUGCCGGGGUAUUGAUGAAAAGCACUGGAAUUCACAGUGCAAAACUUCGCAGACUUACGUGCGCGCCCUCACUCAGGAUAAAUCGUCGGUGGGUUGGCGCUGGAUACGGAUAGACACCUCGUGCGUCUGCGCGCUCUCACGUAAACACCGCAGGACGUGAAAAACGUGCAACCACUCCACUGUCAUUUUAUUAUUUCCUGGGGGGCUGUAAAUAUAUAAAUUAUUAUUUAAAUUAUAUGGAAUGCAUAUCGUUUAUUCAUGUCUAUGUAUAAUGUAUAAAUAUUCUUGUUAUUUAUUUAAAACGUCUGCAAAUUAAAAUCUUAAAAAAGAGAGAGACUUACUGUAUCAUGCAAUGCCACUAAGCUACAGGAGCAUUACAUGGUGAAUCUAUGUGCCUUGCUCAAGUAUCAGAGUCAGAGGACAGUGGGAACAGUUGUAAUUGCAAAUGGUCAAUAUCAUAUUAACUUCAGUAUUGUUCACGAAAACCAGUUUUUCUACUGAUACAGGCUGCCAGUAUACAGUGUCCUCUUCAUUUCUGGGGAAACCAAUUACAGUCAAGAUGUUGUCAUAUUUUGUAUGGAAAUAAUAUGUAAACAUACAGUAUAUGCAUAUGAAAACUGCAUGAAAUACCUAAGAAAUAUAAAUUUUUCUAUCACUCAUAUUGUACACCAUGAUGUUAGUGGUUCAUACAGGAUACAAAGACUAAUGGACAAAACCGUAAUACCAAAAGCAACACAAACAACUUUGUAUCACUGGAAUAUUAGUCACAAGUCACAAUCCCAGCAGAAAAAUUAGCUCAGCAUCUUAAAAAAAAAGAAAAGAAAGAAAAAUGGACCAAAAGGUGAUAUGAAAGAUCUUUUAGAGUUCUACUAAUUCUUGUGAGACUGGAUAGUAUUUGUUUCUAGUGUUGAUGGUCGACUAAGACAUGGCCUUUUGAAAGUGUUAGAGUUAGGGUUAGGGUUAGGUUCACCCAAAAAUUAGCAUUCUGUCAUAAUUUACUCACCUCAUAUUGUUCUAAACCUGUAUGACUUCUUCCAACAUGAGGGUGAGUAAAUGAUGACAGAGUUUUAAGUUUUGGUGAACUAUCCAUUUAAGCAAGCACAGUGUUGGUCGGAUCAUUCACAAUGCACCAAUUAUAAGCUUUUUUUACAGCUCAAAGCAUGUCCAUAAUUUUUUUAAAUGUUACCACCUUUAAUAAGUAUGGCACUUGCUUACAUAGCUUAGCAGCAAUGAUGUGAACUACUCCCCAGUAAUGCAGAGAAGGGAAAAGUGGAGUCGAAAGCAGCCCUCAUGACCACUAGUUUACCAUUGAGCAGCUUAGUAUUUUUGAAGAAAGAUCCUUAACAGAUGGAGGAAAGACUCCUCCCACUAGUCGUGCCCCUCUCAAAAGCUCCACCCAGGGUUAGAAAGCCUACCAGAGACCAAUCUGACCACCACGCCCACAUUCUAGCAGGUCAGACACGUCUCUUUUCAAGUGUCCACCACAAACGACUGUAAAUUUAUUGUUAUUAAGAGUAAACCACCCUAAGGAUUUAUAAGAGAAGCAGGUAAACAAAAAGACAACAAAAUGGGCCAUUGCUAAUGACACUGUAGUCUUACACAGAGGUAAAGCUGCCUUAAGACGAUGUACAUAUGUGCAGAGCUGGGAUUUUAACAUGUAAUCUCCCCCUUAAGAGGGUUUCUCUCUUGUCAGACUCAUCUUAGGAGAUAAGCAUUUCGCCGGUGCAUUGAGGCUAUAAAAAGGCCUGCCAUCUUUUCCCACUGUAAGUUUAUAUAAGGAGACCCACUCAAGCGUUAGCACGCUAGCAAGUCAUGAGACGAAGGAUUUCUGUGCAUUAGAUUUUAAGUACUGGGAGGAUCCAUCUGGAGUAAGCCAAGAGACAUGACCAAGGAUACAAAAUGUUAAAUCUUAAACCAGGGAAUCAACUUAAGAUAUGUCAGAGGACAUGAGUAUAAAAGAACGUGUGUUUUUUUUGUACUGGUGCUCAAUAAAUAUUAUAUACCCAAGAAAACACGUUUGUGAGAUGCAUAGAGAAAAAGAGUUCCCUAUCUGUCACUCACUCGACAUUGUGUCGAUGUAGUGACACUAAGGGUUUGCUAUUAUUAGCCCCAGUCACCUCUGAAUUAUUCAGAAAAGGCCAAUGAGAAUUGGCGAGUGGAAUUUGCAUGCUGGAUUUAAGGCGCAGAUCACUGAUGUCAGAUGUCUCGUUCGGGGCUCGCGAUGGGGAUGAGUUAUCAGUUGCAGCAUCGGAGGAUGGGCUGCUGCUUUCGGAAGCGGAAGAGUCUACUGAGCUCCCGCUUUCCUCCUGUGGCAUCGGCCCUGGCUCCACCACCAUCGGAGCCCGUAUGCCAGCCUCAGAGAAGAAGAUCCUCCCGCAGGAGGGCGGCACCGCCUGCUUGUCAGCCGGCCGCUAAGAACCCCAGACGGGCUUCGAAGCGGCCCCGAGACAGGCGACCCAGGGAUGAGGUUGCUAGCACCGACCGGCCUGACCCAGGUGAGCGCACAAGCUCCACUCCCGCCACUGGGCCAGCACCUCGCGUUCCCUCAUUCUCCGUCAGAGGGAAGCCGGCAAAGAGGUAAGUUCGGCGGUUCUCGGGGCUGCUUGCCCGCCCCAACCGCUGCCCACCAUUGCGGGCCGGUGGGGUGUCGGCUCUGCCUCGCCAUGAACCACCCACCCCGGGCAUGAAAAAAACCGGUCGUCCCUCUGGUGCCAUUAGCACGGAGGCUGGGAGCAUGGUUAGCGCUCUCCAGCCCGUCACGAUGGCUUAUCAGAACGAUCCAUCUCGGCUACAUGAUCCAGUUCGCCAGAUGCCCGGCCAGGUUCAGUGGCAUCCUCUUCACCUCGGUACGAAGCGAGGAUGCCUCGGUCCUUCGGGCAGAGUUUGCUACCCUUCUGGUGAAGGUAGCGAUAGAGCCCGUCCCUCUAGCCAAGAUGCACAAGGGCUUCUACAGCCCUUAUUUUAUCGUGCACAAGAGAGGGGGUGGGCUGCGCCCAAUUCUGGAUCUGCGUACCUUGAACAGGGCCUUACACAGGCUUCCGUUCAAGAUGCUAACGCAGAAGCACAUCCUGUAAUCAGUGCGACAUCAGGAUUGGUUCGCGGCCAUCGACCUGAAGGAUGCGUACUUCCAUGUUUGAUCCUUCCUCGACACAGACCGUUUCUUCGGUUUGCUUUCGGGGGGCAAGCAUACCAGUACAAGGUCCUCCCCUUUGUUCUGUCCCUGUCCCCUUGCGUCUUUACCAAAGUCGCAGAGGCUGCCCUGGCCCCGCAAAGGGUGAAGGGCAUUCCCAUCCUCAAUUAUCUCGACGACUAGCUAAUCCUAGCCUACUCGCGAGAUCUAUUGUGUACGCACAGGGACCUUGUGCUUCAGCACCUCGACCGACUGGGGCUUCAGGUCAACUGGGAAAAGAGCAAGCUCUCCCUAGUACAGAGCAUUCCUUUUCUCAGCAUGGAGCUGGACUUGGUCACCAUGAUGGCACGCCUCAUGAAUGAGCAUGCACAGUCAGUGCUGGCCUGCCUGAAAAUCUUCAGUCGGAGGACAAUGGUGCCACUGAAACAUAUUCAGAGGCUCCUGGGGCAUAUGGCAUCCUCAGCGGCGUUACUUCCCCUCAUGUUGAUGCAUAUGAGACCGCUCCAGCACUGGCUACAGAAUUGAGUCCCAAGGUGGGCAUGGCGCCACGGCACCCAGCAUGUGAUAAUCAUGCCAGGGUGCUGCCACACCUAAAGCCCUUGGUCAAACCUAGCAUUUCUACGGGCAGGGGUUCCUUUAGAGCGGGCCUCGAGGCGUGUCAUUGUCAUGACAGAUGCCUCGAAUUCAGGCUGGGGCACUGUGUGCAACAGGCAGGCAAUGUCGGGGCUCUGGACGGGGCCCCGCAUGCAAAGGCAUAUCAACAGCCUAGAGUUGCUGGCAGUAUCGGCCGUUGAUUCUGGGCAAGCAUGUGUUGGUCUGGACGGACAACACAGCAACUGUGGCAUACAUAAACCGCCAGGACAGCGUACGCUCACGUCGCAUGUUGCAACUUGCCUGCUGCCUCCUCCUUUGGAGUCAGCAGAUGUUGAAGUCUCUGCGAACCACUCACGUCCCGGGCGACCUCAAUCACACAGCGGAUGUGGUCUUGCAACAGGUAACGCUCCGUGGAGAGUGGAGACUCUACCCCCACAUAGUCCAGCUGAUUUGGGAGAGAUUCGGGGACGGGCAGGUGGACCUGUUCGCAUCCCGAGAGUCCUCUCAUUGCCCCCUUUGGUACUCCCAGUCCGAGGCUCCCCUCGGCACAGAUGCCUUGGCACACAGCUGGCCUCGGGGUCUGUGCAAGUACGCAUUUCCCCCAGUGAGCCUCGUUGCACAGACAUUGUGCAAAGUCAGGGAGGAUGUGAGCAAGUCCUGAUGGUUGCGCCGUACUGGCCCAACUAGACUUGGUUCUCAGACCUGAAUUUUGACAAAUGUGUAGUUACUGUGUUUUGCUAUUGGACAGCAAUCUGGUUCAAACCCUUUACUACAUUAAGUGAAGUGCCAUGACAGAACGCUUCAUUCUAUAGAAUUCCAAAUGAAACAUUAAGAGUUAUUAGCAUCUAAUUGUCAAUUGUAAUGUGGCAAUGAAAAAUUAAUCAUUGUUUUGUUUGUUUUAAUGUUUUACAAGAGACAUAAUGGUGCAUUUGAAAGUAAAAGUGGUGUUGGACUAACAUAAGGCACUAACUAAAGCACAUCUGUGACUGACAGAUUCAGUUUGAGACCAAAUGUUGGGUGUGAAGUUUUGAGACAAUCAAGGUGUCGGGUACGAUUUGAAACAGAACCACAGACCACCAAGGAAACAACACACCUUCUUUGUAUUCAGUCCUCUGGCUGCUUCUCACUUCUUUAAUUUAGCCCUCCAUGGAGAAAUUGGAUAAAAGCUUGGAUAAAACACAUGAACUCAACAUAUCCCACAUCUCCCAAUUGGAUUCUGCUGGGAAUGGCCCACACAGUUGUUCAAAUGUAUUGCCUUUCCUGAAAAACACAUUCAUACACUGGAUCCCUACAUGAUUUUGACUUGGCUCAUUCCUGAAUGAUGUUCACUGAAACAUUCCCAUGUAUUUUAUGCUGUCUGGUGAUGUAUUUAUGACCUGCUGGUGUCAUGCAUACUUGCUGCUUUAAACCAUUGCAACCAAACUUUAUGAUGACCAACGGCCAAUGACAUGUUCUCUGUUUAUACUGAAAACAGUGCCAAAAACACAUAAAAUUCUAUUUAAGGACUAAACACCUCUUAACAUUCUGACACGAAAGUUCCUCUUCUUCGAUAUGUCAAAACUGACAAAAAUGCGAGAAAAGACGAAUUCUAAUUUAGGAAAAAAGAAAGAAAGACUUGAUUGUUUGAUGGUCAUUGUUUAGUGAAGUAGUUUAUUUUGGCUGUACCAUAACCCAUUGUUUGUACUUUUUAUUUGUUUGUUUGCUUGUUUUAGAGAGAGAGAGAGAGAGAGAGAGAGUGAAUUGCUUAUCCCAUAAUGGUAAUGUCUCUUGAAAUUUCUGUUUUCUCAUGCUAAUACUUGAAGGAAGGAAGGCCUUGCUUGCAGUCUGUGUGAGAUUUGUCUAA